CUAUCUUGCAUCCUCGAAUUUGCUGGUCAGUCCUAUCGCUCUUCGUACAUGGUUUUCCUCCUGCAGGCUCUCGAGACAGAAACCCUGCAUGGGUGGGACAGAUGGAAAAGUGGCGAUCAAUCAGAGUUACAAGUCGGGGCGAGGUUUUCACUAACCUUUCUCGAGAAGAAUACGGACGCUGAGGGGACUUCGCAGGGAAAUAGAUCCAUCGGUAGCCAUUCAUACGACAAAGGAAAGUGGGAAAAUGAUGAGAAAAUUAAUAAACUAGAUGCGGGUGGCAGCCUUUGCUCGGGGUGGUUCCACAUGGAUGGUGGCUGACCUCAUUCACCAAAUUUCAUGCAUGUUGCUGGGCUACACAGUAGCACCCUAAUCUAUGCGGCUGGCCAAUGGAAACUACAACCCUAGCUCGGCCCUCGUCCCUCCUCCUGCUGUGUCUGUCCCUUACGAAGCAAAGCAGCACCGGUAGCCUUUACAAUGCCACAAAUAAUGUCUCCAUCAUGAACCGGAGUGACAUGAUAUCACGUCUUUAUCUCGGCCCUUUUGCUUCUGUGGAGGGGAACUCGUAAAUCCUCGGCUGAAGACCGUGGCCCACAUCAAUCAUCAUGCCCUCUCUGCGAUUAUAUUAGUCCGCCGAUUUCCACACAUCGCACCGCAUUCUUCUUACAUUCCGUGUCCACCAUUCUUUACCUUCACUUCACUCUCUCGCUCUGCGUGGGAGUCCUAUGAGAAGGUCCGGCUCCCGGAGUACGAUUGUCAUGUACAAUUCGAGUGGCGAAUGGAUGGUCGUUGUCACAGUUUCGCAGUCGAGGAGGAGGACGCGGAAUGAUUGCUCGUGCGAAAAGAAAUUUCGCCUUCAAGUUGUUUGUCCACGCCGAAGAAGAUGAGAUGAGAUGAGAUGAGAUAGAGAGGACGAAAAGGGGUCAGAAAGAGCUGGAGCAGCUGGAAAAGGCAAGCGUCUGAUCCUCAUUCUGGUGCUGAAUGACUGAAGGACCACCACGGUCCCGGCAUGACGGAUGUCCGCGACGCCAAUUCCAUGCAUUUACUCGGGCCUCGAUCAAGAGGACGACGGAUCGAAGAGUCGAGGCCCACCUCGCUCGCACGUUAUAUUCGCGAAUCUCCCUCGCGAAUUUCCUUCGAUUUCCGUCACAUCUGUCGUCAACCGAUUCCGUCCGUCCGUCCGUCCAGCCGGCUCUCGAUUAACCAUGGCCUGGCGUCGAGAGUACAAACGGUGGAAUUUGCGCAGGAAGUCUGGAUUUGACAGAUGCGUCUGCGCAGCUCUCCCGGGCAGAAACGGUCCACGAUACAAACUAUUUUUAGUCCUUCGAUGACGCGCACAGGAUAAAAUAUGGGCAUCAGAGUGCCGCUGUUAAUUCCUGCCUCUAUCAGGCCUGGGGACCUUUUUCUUAUUACAAAACGUGCUUAAUUCGUAGCAACCAAGGUCAUGUGCAGAGGAUUUUUCAAUUGACGCUAAUUCGGCACACACAAUUGCAUAGUUAAAGGAGGUUUAGUUCUGGUCCUGACACGCUAUUUACUUUGACAGGGUUUCUAUGAUUCUUGACCUCGAUGAUAAAAUCGAUGUUUCUUUCGAUAGCGAGGAUGGUGAGAAGAAUGGCCUUGGAGUGACUUUGCAAUUGUGGAAGUGGACAGUGGGAGUGGAUUGUCAAUUCACUGGUCACGACAAACCUCAUGAGUUGAUUUGUCUCUUUCAAGUCUGUUCAUUGUUGUGGUCAAAGACAGCAGCUGAAAGAGACGAGAUGUCGAAGAAGCCAAGGGGUCACAAGUCAGCUAGUACCUUGACGUGCUUUUCGUGCAAGUGGGCUAUAGCCUACGACAUGGAAUGGAGUCCAUUCUCGUUGUUGUCUAGUAUGCUUGGGGUUGACAGAUCACACUUUGGCAGUUGCCUGAUUCAUUGAAUACAGAGAUGAGUUGCAUUGACCCCCA